AUGGCACUGGCUAAACAAAUCAUUGGUAGUUCUCUGAUUGAAAAGUCUGAGUUUUUUUCAUCAUCUUCUAAGUUGUUUUUGGCCAGACCAAGUUUGGUUCCUUCACAGAGAAGGCUGGUCCAUUUGAGGAGGGCACAGAGGGGUCCUGUGGCAGCCAUCAGUGAAGAUUUGGUGAAGAUUGUGCCUGUUUUUUCUGCUGAGAAGCCUGCGAAGUUGAAGGUGAGAGCUGUUGUGACUGUGAGGAAUAAGAUCAAGGAGGAUUUUAAAGAGGCCAUUUCCAAACACUUGGAUUCCCUCACUGACAAAAUUGGCAGAAAUGUUGUUUUGGAGCUUGUCAGUACAGAAUUAGACCCAAGAACAAAGGCUCCCAAGAAAAGCAGUGAAGGAGUGCUAAAAGAUUGGUCUAAAAAAUCCAAUCUAAAAGCGGAGAGGGUAAAUUAUACAGCUGAGUUUACUGUGGACUCAAGUUUUGGCGUCCCAGGAGCAAUUACAGUUACAAACAAGCACCAGAACGAGUUCUUUUUGGAGACCAUAACCCUUGAAGGUUUUGCCUGCGGUCCCCUGCAUUUUCCUGUAAAUUCCUGGAUGCAAUCUAAGAAAGAUCACCCGGAGAAAAGAAUAGUCUUCUGCAACAAGCCAUAUUUACCAGACCAGACUCCUGAUGGGCUUAAGGAACUGAGACAGAGGGAGUUGAAGAAUCUGAGGGGUGAUGGCACUGGAGUUAGAAAAUUAUCAGAUAGGAUCUAUGACUAUGCUUUGUAUAAUGAUUUGGGAAACCCUGAUAAGGGAAUCGACCUUGCUAGGCCUACACUUGGCGGUAAUAAAAUUCCCUACCCUAGAAGAUGUCGAACCGGUCGCCCCCCAACUGAUACUGAUAUGCUAGCGGAGAGUAGGGUUGAGAAGCCACUACCAAUGUAUGUACCAAGAGAUGAACAAUUUGAGGAGUCGAAAAUGGACACAUUUUUAUUUGGGAGGCUCAAGGGUGUCCUUCACAACUUGGUCCCUUCCCUAAUGUCCAGCUUCAAAGCUGACAAAGACUUCCGGGGAUUCGCUGACAUCGACAGCCUCUACAGUGAGGGCGUCCUCCUCAAAUUGGGUUUGCAGGAUGAAUUUUUAAAGAAGCUUCCAUUGCCAAGUAUGGUCAGUAAAUUCCAGGACUAUAACCAGGGCGUUCUCAAAUAUGACACCCCCAAGAUUCUAAGCAAGGACAAAUUGUGUUGGUUGCGAGAUGACGAAUUUGCCCGCCAAGCAGUGGCAGGGGUUAAUCCACUGAGCAUUGAGAGGCUUAAGGUUUUCCCACCAGAAAGCAAACUUGAUCCUGAGGUUUAUGGGCCAUUAGAGUCUGCUCUCAAAGAAGAACACAUCACACCCUAUCUCUAUGGCAUGACUGUACAUCAGGCGUUGGAUGAGAACAAGUUGUACAUGGUGGAUUACCAUGACGUCUAUCUUCCAUUUCUUGAUCGGAUUAAUGCUCUAGAUGGGAGAAAAGCCUACGCAACUCGUACCCUUUAUUUCUUGACACCAACUGGAGUUCUCAAGCCCAUCGCUAUCGAGCUUACCCUCCCCAAUACAGGACCAAGUUCAAGAUCAAAGCGUGUUUUGACACCUGCUGUUGACGCCACCACCAACUGGAUGUGGCAGCUUGCUAAGGCACAUGUCUGCGCCAAUGACGCUGGCGUCCACCAACUUGUACACCAUUGGCUUCGUACCCAUGCUACCCUAGAGCCGUUUAUCUUGGCAGCACAUAGACAGUUAAGCGCAAUGCACCCGAUUUACAAGCUUUUGGAUCCGCACAUGAGAUACACUCUUGAGAUCAAUAAACUGGCUCGCCAGAUCUUGAUCAACGCUGAUGGUGUCAUCGAGUCAUGCUUCACUCCAGGCCGCUAUGCCAUGGAAAUCAGUUCUUCAGCAUACCAAACCUGGCGCUUUGACACCCAAAGCCUUCCUGCAGAUCUUGUACAAAGGGGUAUGGCAGUGCCUGAUCCAACACAAGCCCACGGUGUGAGACUUGUAAUGGAAGAUUACCCAUAUGGCAGUGAUGGAUUACUCAUCUGGGGUGCAAUUGAGAACUGGGUUCGAACCUACGUGCACCAUUACUACCCCGACUCAAGCCUAAUCCGAAACGACAGAGAGCUGCAAGACUGGUACUCGGAGUCCGUCAAUGUAGGUCAUGCUGAUCUCCGCCAUGAAAACUGGUGGCCGUCACUGUCCACAGCAGAUGACCUAGUCUCAAUCCUCAGCACAUUAAUCUGGCUAGCAUCAGCUCAACAUGCUGCACUCAAUUUUGCACAGUACCCCUAUGGAGGAUAUGUCCCCAACAGGCCACCCCUGAUGAGAAGAAUGAUCCCGGAGGAGAAUGACCCCGAAUACGCAAAUUUCAUCUCAGACCCACAAAAGUUCUUCCUCUCAGCUUUGCCAAGCGUCCUGCAAGCCAUAAAAUACAUGGCUGUGGUGGACAUAUUAUCAACACAUUCACCGGACGAGGAGUACCUCGGGGAGAGGCAGCAACCUUCUACUUGGUCAGGGGAUGCGGAUGUGGUGGAGGCAUUUCACAAGUUUUCUGCGGAGAUUAGGGAAAUUGAGAAGGAGAUUGACAGGAGGAAUAGUGAUCCAAGUCUUAAGCAUAGAUGUGGAGCAGGAGUUUUGCCUUAUGAGUUGCUUGUACCAAGUUCCGAGCCUGGGAUUACAUGUCGUGGUGUGCCGAAUAGUAUUUCGAUAUGA